UAAACAAAAAAGUGAAUAAAGAAGAAAAAAAGAAGAAAAAAGAAGAAAAAGAAGAAAAAGAAAAAAAAAAGGCCAGACCAUGUUGGAGUUUGGUUCACUGGGGUCAGGGGGGGCGGGGGACGCGGGGCCAGGACCAGGGGGGCCGUGGGAGGAGAUCCUGGACCGUGACUGGCUACCCGACAACGAGGUGAGAUUCCUGCUACCGCCCACGCCCCAGACCCGCCACCAGACCAAGGUGUUCCAGCAGUCCGUCACGAUCCUCAUUAAGCUCCAGCCUAACACAACUCGCGGGGCGGCGGCGGUGGCUGAGCGCGGCGUGGGUGUGGGACCGUGGCGGGUGUCUGAGGAGCAGCUGCCUGUGUUGGUGGGCUCGAUCACCGGGGCGUCCCUGCUGCUGCUGCUGCUGCUGUCCCUCGUGGUGUACGCCGUCUGCCACCAACACAGACCCACGCACAAGAAUUAUAGCGUGAAAAGCGAGGUAUCCAGUGUGACUUCGGGCAGAACACAAGGGUCACCGCCAAGCCUCAGCCGUGACUCCCUGGUGGUGGUCACUCACGCCGUCUCAGGACCCCAGGCGUGUCUACUGGGCGAGCGUGACCCUUCCCUUCUUGACCUGCCCUACGACUGCCAUGGCUGCUGCUGUGACCCGCCCUCUGACCUCACCUGCAGCUGUGACUGUCAGGGGGAGGCUGAUGAUGAUGAUGAUGAUGAUGAUGAUGAUGACGAUGAGGAGAAUGAGGAAGAAGACGACGACGAUGAUGAUGAUGAUGAUGAUGAUGAUGAUGAUGAUGAUGAUGAGGAUUAUGAUGAUGACGAUGAUGAUGAUGAUGAUGAUGAUGAUGAUGAUGAUGAUGAUUGUGGUGAUGGAACACGUCGAAGUUCAUUUUCACGAAGGGAGUCGGCGCCCCGCGAAGAUCAGAUCACCCCGGGAGGCCACAGAGUCAGACCGGAUCACUACUCCCCCUCCACCUUCAUGACGUUUGACCUCACACUCCCGCGCCGCCCCAGGAGAGGCUCCACCGGGCGGCGAGACUCCACCAGCAGCACCGCCACCACCAGGCCGGCAGAGGGCGUGGUGUGCCUGCCUGUCUGUCCUGAGGCGAGGCUGGAUGAGCAGAGUGCAUCAUCCAGCGCCCUGGAGUCGGUGUGCCCCAGCAGAGACCGAGACGGGUGUUUGGGCUCUCCAUGCAUCGACGACAGCUUCAGAACGCGCUCGCUGCCGGCCUGGGUGCGAGGCAAGACACGUCCGCUGGCUGCCCUGGAUGACCUUACCCCGAUUUGCGAGAAGCCACACUGGAGCAAGAGGAGAAGGAACAGAAUGCGAAGUGACGCCGCCGCUAUCAUUGCCCUCACCAAAUCCCGCGGCCGCCUCCUCUCCCCCGCCCACCCCGCCGCGCCCUCCCCGCCACGCCCACACGCCGCCCCUUCUCCCUCUGCCGCCGCGGGGGUCACAGCAGGAGCGGGCGCAACAGGGGCAGGCACAGCGUCAGCCCCGCAGCCCACAGACACAGCGGCACUUGUAGAGAACGAGGCUGUGGUGGUGUAUGAUGAAAGAACGGCCUUGUAAGGAUGGGGCUACUGAUACUACUACCACUGUUACUGCUGCUGCUGCUGCUGCUACUACUACUACUACUACUACUACUACUACUACUACUACUACUACUACUACUACUACUACUGCUUCUGCUGUUG